AUGAAAAGUACUAUAGAAAAUGAUGAUUCAGAUGAAUUUAAACUUCAGAUUAUAAAUACAUCUAAUCCAUAUUGGAUAUGUCCAAAUGGAUUAAUUAUUAUUGAACGUGAUAAUAAAAAUUAUCAAAUAGCAAGUGAAUUUAUUAAAAAAAUAUCAAAAGUUAAAUGUCUUUUAGAACAUAUGGAAGAAUAUAUAAUAACUGAAUAUACUAUUUAUUCAGCAAUAUCAAGUGGAAUAAAACCAGAAAUAAUUAUUUAUCAAUUAAAGAAAUAUUCUAAAAAUAAUAUUCCAGAACGAAUUGAACAACUUAUUGAAAAAACAAUAAAAAGUAGAAUUAUAACUGUUAUUUGUACUUAUGAAGGAAGAAGAAUAUGUGAAGGAGAUAAAAAAAUAAUAGAAGAAAUAAAAGAAUUUAUAACAAUGGAUAAGAAUGAAUAUGAAUUAAAAAGUAAUAUUAUAGUAUUUAAAAAAAUAUGUCAAGAAAAAGGAAUUUUAAUAAAUGAAAAAAUUGAAAUUGGAGAAAAAACUAUUCCUAUUGCAUUAAAAGAUGAUACUGUUUUGAGAAAAUACCAAAUAAGUGGAAUUAGUUCAGUAUUUAGAAAAGGAUUUGCACAAAGUGGAAUUAUUAUUUUACCAUGUGGAGCAGGAAAAACAUUAAUGACAAUUGGUAUUAUUUGUACAUUUCAACAACCAACAAUAAUUAUUUGUACAACAACAAUAUCUAUAGAACAAUGGCGAGAUGAAAUUAGAAAAUGGUCAACUAUUCCAUUAAAUAAAAUUAAAUGUUUUUCAUCAAUUAUAAAAGAAACAAUAGAAGAAAGUUAUAUUGUAAUAACAACAUAUCAAAUGAUUCAAUCAAAAGAAAUUGAAGAAAUAAGAAAGAAAAAAUAUGGAAUGAUGAUUCUUGAUGAAGUUCAUUCAUCAGUAGCAAAAGAAUUUAGAAAAAUAUAUUAUUUAAUUGAAGCAAGAUGUAGAAUUGGAAUAACAGCAACACCAAUUAGAGAAGAUUUUAAAAUUAAAGAUUUAGAUUAUUUAAUAGGACCAAUAUUAUAUCAAGAAAGUUGGAAAGAAUUAAUUAAAGAAAAAUAUAUAGCUAAUGUUCAAUGUAUUGAUAUUAAAUGUCCAAUGACUAUUCCAUUUUAUGAAGAAUAUAUUAAUAAUUCAAAUUAUAGACAUAAAAUAAUUUUAUCAGCACUUAAUCCAAAUAAAAUUGAAGUAACAAAAUUUCUUAUAAAACAACAUUUAAAAAGAAAUGAACAAAUAAUAUUAUUUUGUGAUUCUAUUAUUGUUCUUAAAGAAAUUGGUUAUCAAAUAAAUUGUCCAAUUUUUUUUGGUGAAAGUCCAAAUAAAGAAAGAUUAGAUAUAUUAAAUAAAUUUAAAUUAAAAGAUAUUAAUUGUAUUGGAAUGUCAAGUGUUGGUGAUACUUCUCUUGAUAUUCCUGAUGCUAGUGUAAUUAUUCAAAUUAGUACAAAUAAUGGUUCAAGAAAACAACAACUUCAAAGACUUGGAAGAAUAUCUAGAAUUAAAAAAAAUGAAGGAAUUGGUUAUUUUUAUACAUUAACAUCAAUAGAUACACAUGAAGAAUAUUUUAUUCAUAAAAGACAAAUUUAUAUGCAAAAUCUUGGAUUUGGAUUUGAAUGUAUUAAUAGUACUAUAUUAACUCAUAUGAAUACUAAUGAACAAUUAAAUUUAAUUAAAUAUAUUCUUAAUGAAAGUGAUAAACGUUAUUUUAAUUCUAAAUCUAAAAAAGAAAAUAUUAUUGAUUUUUAA